AUGCAUGCCACCCCCCGUGCAUCCCUCGGCGCCGACAAAGCUCAUCCCCUCAGCGGCGAGGACGGGAGCCAACCACAGCCGCACACAGAAGCCGAGGCCCAAUCCUCCACGAGCAGUAGCGGCAGCAGCAUGAGGGUAGCGGCUACCACGACCUCGCGUUCCUGGUGGGGCUGGUGGGGCACUCCCGCAGCCACCACCACCACAAGCAGCAGCAGUACGGGUACAACAAGCGCUCCUACUCCUACUACAUCUACCGGAAUGGGGUGGACAGGAUGGGUCGGAGGCUGGUGGAAGGGUUGGCGCCCCACCUCCCCGGCUCUCCUUGCCCAAGCCGAGGCGCGCAUGCUCCACCGCGUGGCAGGGCGGGUCGAAGUGGAGGAGGUGGAGGUGGACGGGGAGGACGUCCACGUACCGCACACGGUGCACACCAUCCGCCUGGGCCAGGGGCCGCCCCUCGUGCUCGUCCACGGGUUCGCCGCUGCCGUCGGACACUGGGCAUGCAACCUGGACGAACUGGCUAAGCAUCACACAGUGUACGCCAUCGACCUCGUGGGCUUCGGGCGGAGCUCCCGCCCCGCCUUCACGCCAGAGAGCCCGGAGCACGCGGAGCACUUCUUUGUGGCGUCGAUCGAAGGCUGGCGCAAGAAGGUUGGUCUCGACCGCUUUGCGCUCCUCGGUCAUUCGUUCGGGGGCUACCUGGCGGGCUGCUACAGCCUGCGGCAUCCGGAGCACGUGGACGCACUCAUCCUUGCGGAUCCGUGGGGGCUGCCGCGGCGCACGGCAGAGGACGUGGCGAAAGCAGCCAAGAUGUCCUGGCGCUGGCGUCUGGCCAAGAACAUCCUCCAGAACUUCUCGCCCCUCGCGGCCAUCCGCGUCGCUGGCCCGUAUGGACCGGGCUUGAUCCACCGAGUGAGGCCGGACCUGAGCAGCAAGUGGGUGCACUACCACAAAGAGGAAGGGACGAGUGAGGUCAUCCAGGAGGAGGAAGAGGAGGAGGAGGAGGAGGAGCGUGUGCCUACGAGUAGGGAUGAAGCUCCGACCGCAGCAGGAGCAGCGUCUCUCUCGCUGCCCCCAGUCAUCGACUACGUGUACCACAGCAACGCUCAGCUGCCUCCCACCGGCGAGCUCGCCUUCCACAAAAUGAUGAACCCGAUUGGCUGGGCAGCCCGUCCUUUGUGUGACCGCCUCCACCACCUGGACGCUUCCAUACCCGUCACUUUCCUGUACGGGGAGGAGUCGUGGAUGGACCCGCGGGCAGCGGUGGAAGUGAUGCGUCAGAUUGAAAACCAGGCCGACAUUGUGAUCAUCCCUCGUGCGGGGCACCACGUGUACAUAGACAACGUACCCUUCUUCAACAGAGCGGUUCUUAAGGCCACGGGCGGGUCAGACCGUCUGGGAGACACCAACAAGGAGCAAGCAUAA